CUGAGGUUCAGUCUUGUACGAGCGCGCGCGCGUACCGGUCUACUUGGAUUCCAUUGUGGCAGGCCGGUUUUUCGUUUCGAUGGCACCCGGUUCGGCCAUAUAUCGCACGUAAAAAACAUGUUUAGUUUAGGGCAAUAAUUGAAUGGGAACGUACGGUUUAGGUAUGGGAAAAGAGUCGUUAUUCGGCGCGUGGUAAUUUCCUGUGACGCUACCAAUUUGUUGAUAGUUGAGUCACCAUUUUUUCAUAGGGGUUCAGUGUUAUCACUUCAGUGUUGCCAGUCUGGUGGAUGGCAUCACGAGAAAUGCAUCGACCUUGAACUUGAAUUACUUAGAAGCUGUAAUGAACAACAUCAUUUAGAAAUGCGGCUUGCCCGAGGCGUCCAGCAGUGGAUUCUGCUUAAUACGUUGAUACUGCUGCCCUGGGUCUCGUGUAAUAAACUCGACACCAUCCCGGACAGUGGCGAAGAUUUUCCGCGGCUCGGCGCGCGGCGUUCAGUGUCAUUCCGUGAGGAUGUUCACCAUGAAGAAGACGGCGAGGGUCCAGUGCGGCCGCUGUACCGUCAGCGGGUGCCACCCAUUUCCAGCACUACAAGCGUCAAUCGGGACUUUUACUUUCCGGGACCGACCACGCGUCGACGCGUUACGACCGUUCCCACUGGAAGUAACCCUGAUUUCUACUUUGAUUAUUUACGCGAUGAAAGCAGGCAGCCUGGCAGGUCCUCUGGAGCCGGUCGGGAUCGCCCAAGGGCAGCCGAGGGAGGGACGGAGUUUUCCUAUAACGAGAAGGAUAAAAAUGGACCAACCAAUUGGUACCGAAUUGCACCGCAGUGCGGUGGGAGGUACCAGAGCCCGAUCAUGCUGAACACGAGUUCGGCCAUGUAUGUGAGGAACAAGCGACCACUGCAGCUAGUUGGUCAAACGAAUCUACCACAGGCAAUUCGGCUGCAGAACGAUGGCCAUUCUGCCAAGUUUACCUACGUCUGGAACGAGGGUGACCGGCCGUACAUCCGCGGUGGUCCGCUUAAGACCAAGUACUUCUUCGAGCAGUUCCACUUCCAUUGGGGAUCAAACGAUACGCUCGGGUCGGAACACGUUCUGGAUUACCAUCGGUUCCCGAUGGAGCUCCAUUUGGUGUUUUACAACGGACUUUAUUCGUCCUUUGAAGACGCUCGUAACGAGGUGGACGGUUUAGUCGUGGUUGGUAUGUUCUACGAGAUGUACGACCGGUUCAACGAGCAGCUCAACACAUGGACACGUUUCCUGCAAGAGGUCAUCACGCCGGAAUCCACCUUUACGAUUCAGUUCAUAGACACCUUCCCACUGUACGAUGUAAUCGGAGAUGUCGAGUGGCCAUACUUUUCGUACGAGGGAAGCCUCACCACGCCACCCUGUCUGGAAACGGUCACGUGGAUUGUGUCCGCCAAGCCACUGCUCAUAACGGCUAAGGAGAUCCGCGAAUUUCGCAGGAUCCGCACCCGAAGCGGAGGACCGAUGAUGAACAACUUCCGCCCAGUUCAAAAAUUGUACAACCGAAGGGUGUUUCGGUAUUGAAAAGUUACAUUUCGAGGAGGAGGAAUUUAAAAGCUGGUUGCAGUGCAUCGCACGUCAGCUUCAUUUUUAGUCAGAAAACGAUCAACAUUCGUGCAGCAAGGUCUCAUUCCAAUUCAGUAUCUCACAACGAUCGAUUUCCUUUUGUUAGUGUAAGCAUAAAUGAUUCCAAAGCAAAUGAUAAACCAAAUAUUAAUGCUAAAGUUAAAACUUAUUUUAUUAAUUUAACUAUGUUAUUGAAAAUCAAUCAAUCAUUGUAUAGUAAACAUUAGCAUGUAAACAUUAUCAUGAUAAUUUUAAUCUAAAAAAUACAAUACAUUUUUGAAGCAAUUGAA